CCGGUCCAUACUUUUCCCCACUCAUGAUCACUUGAGAUACUAAAAAGAAACAUGGCUCACUUAUUUAGCCAUAUUGAUGAACAAGGACUUGUUGGCCUUGGUGUUGGAGCACCUGACAAAUCUUUGCUAAAGAAAACUGCAGAUGUUAUGUUGCAAGGUACCAAGGCUCUCCUUGAAUCUGGCGAUGUUGACUGUCUUCAGUAUGGACCAAGACGUGGUGAUUCUGAAAUGCUCAAAGAACUUGCUAAAUUCCUGAGUGACGAGUAUCAAGAUGAAGUCAAGAGUGAAAACCUGAUGAUCAAUGCUGGAGCUACACAAGGGUUGAAGUUCCUCUCUAAGUCUUUAUUUGAUCCAGGUGACCUGGCUCUUUUUGAAGACCCAACCUAUUUCAUAGCAAUAACUGUGUUAGUAAAGGACAUAGGUUUAAAACCCAUGGCCGUUUCUACUGAUGAGGAUGGGAUAAAUGUAGAUGAAGUGGAUAAAAUUCUGACUGAACAUGUAGCUGGCAAGACAUUGACAUCAAACAAGCCAUAUUCUGCCUUGGUAUAUCUCGUUCCAACUUUUAAUAACCCCAAAGGAACGAUUCUUAGUGAAGAAAAGAGUAAGAAGCUCAUCAAGGUUCUGCGCAAGCACAAGGCUAUAGCCAUCUGUGAUGAUGUGUACAAUACAUUAUCCUUUAUUGACGAGAGACCGCCAUUAGUAACUCCACCCCCCAAAAGAUUGUUUGCAUAUGAUAAUGAAGCUGAUGCAGAUUAUCAAGGGAAUGUAGUGUCUAACUGUACAUUUUCCAAGACUUUGGGUCCUGGGCUUCGACUGGGGUGGGUAGAAGCCCCGCCACACCUUCUUACCAUAUUAGAAUCUUCUGGAUAUGUUCUCAGUGGAGGCUGCUUCAAUCAUUACACUUCAUGUGUGAUCCGUGAAGCACUUAAACUGGGAUUAAUUUCCAAACUUGUAGUAGAAGUACGAGAAGUGUAUCAAUCACGAAAGAAUGCUUUGUGUGAUGCUAUUGAUAAAUUCCUACCAAUGGCUCAAUACCUAAGGCCAAAGGGUGGUUAUUUUGUGUGGGUCAUUUUGCCAGAAAACAUCAAUACAAAUGACCUUUUCACCAUUUGUAAGGAGAAGUAUAGGGUGUUAUUUCGACCUGGUACUUUGUGCUCUUGUGUUGGGAAUUUCCCAAAUUGUUUGAGGCUAAGCUUUUCCUAUUACUCUGAGGAAAUUCUCAGUGAAGCUGUAAGAAAGAUAAGAAUGGCAAUCGAUGAUCUAUUGAACUAUAAGUAGUAAUGCCAGAUGACUCAGCUCAUAAUGUCAACUACAGGAGAAAUGACAUUAAAUAUAAAACCAAAUAUCUUACAGGGUUUUCUAUCAAUGGUAAAAUGUGUUGGCUGGCAUUGAAAUGCUUGUUAAUAUAUAAUGAAGUCCUCUUUUUCCUUUUUGUGUUAAUUUUUUGCAUGCAACUGCAAGAUAAGGGGGUAGUGACCCACUCAAUAUCUUUUAGCAAAUUGAGUUGUAAAAAGAAUGUAUUUAACCAUAAUAACUAAUGGAAGAAACUAUGAAAAGGAUUCUUAUAGUAAACAUAUAAAACUUGGACAGUAAUAGAUUGUUUAGAAGUUUUUGAAGAAAAAGAUAGUUACAACAGUUAUAAGACUGUCUUUCGUAAUUAAUGCCUAAAUAGGUGUUUGCUGGUGUGCAAUAAUCUUUGAAAUUGAAAUCUGUUUAAAUAGAGUGCAUGCCAUAUAUCUGUGAAAGGAUUACUAGCUAUGUAGCACUUGAAAAUAUUUAGUUGUCAAAUAGCUAAGAAUUCACUCAGGCUUGAACCAAACAAAGACUGUAGUGGUAUUUGCUGCUCUAUAACAUUCUGCUCUAGUAAUCAUCCACUAUUUAGUACAAAAUAACAGCAAAAUAGCAUCUUUGUUUUCGUUUCACAGAUAUAAUGGCACUCUAAAUGUAUUAUAUUAUAUUAUACCAGCAACUAUUAAUUUUGUAUUCCAAACUUUUUUAAAUUGGGUAAAAAAUGUAUAAUUGAAAUGUGAACUUGAAAAUAUAACCAAUAUAACAUUCAA